UGAACUAUUCUCAGACGUAGCGUAAUCGAAAUUUAAAUAUGGGCUGUGCGCAGGGGAGAAAAAUGCGGGGUGCUGAGGCUUACUGCUUUGUUGACCUCUCUCCCUCGACGCUCCGUGCCGGUAGUCGGAGGCUCUGCUCGCUUCUUCUACGCGGCCAGACAACCAUCGACCACCCUCCAACCUUAGUCUUCUUCUCCAGACCUGCCCCGGAACCCCGCACCGCCGACAUGAACCUUGAUCUCGACCUUCUCACAUAUAACUUCUUCUCGUCGCACUUUUCUCCGGCGGAAUCUAAAUUUGCUCGCCCCACCUCGCCUCACCCCACAUCAGCCUGCAUUCUACCCUUUCCCCACACUACGCUUCCCCGCAUAAUCAUCCUAUCUUCCUCUUCCUCCUUCGCCAACCAACAUGAAGUCUCAAGAGAAAUCCCAAGACACCGUCCCUUCCAUUCGCAAAGCCGUCCCCGAAGACAAACCAGCCGAUGACUUUGUCGAAGAUCGCGGCGUUCUCACCAGCGAGGAAGCCAUCUAUGACCCCAUCGAAGACAAGUUUGGUGGUCCGUUCAUGUGGCUUAUUACCACCAGCGCUGCAGUCGGAGGACUUUUAUUCGGAUACGAUCUUGCAAUUAUCUCGGGAGUGCUCCUCAUGGUUGGAACCGAUCUAGAUGGCAAGUCGCUGUCGUCCAACAACCAGGAGCUCUUGACCUCUAUCACCUCUGGAGGCGCCUUUAUCGGCGCUUUGAUUGCUGGAUACCUUCUCGAUCGCAAAGGACGACGAUUUGUCAUCGGAUUCGGCGCCAUCUUCUUCACCGCCGGCAGUAUCAUUCAAGCGAGCUCAUUCACUCUUGCUCAGAUGACCGUCGGUCGCUUAGUCGUCGGCCUUGGAAUUGGUGAAGCUGCCAUGGUUGCUCCUAUCUACAUCGCCGAGAUCUCCCCUGCUCGUAUCCGAGGCCGCAUGGUUACCAUCGACGCGCUCGCAAUCACCUUCGGUCAGGUGUUUGCAAACGUUCUCAACAUUGCCUUUGAACAUGUUACCAACGGAUGGAGAUACUCAGUCGGCAUCGGUGCUGUUCCAUCUCUGGCCCUCCUGGCCUUGUGCUUCGUCGUUCCUGAGACACCAAGAUAUCUGAUUCGAAAGAACAGAAUCGAGGAAGCCAACCGCGUCACGGCCAAGAUCUACAUCCACGCUACAGCAGAGGAGAUUGCCACAAAGUCUGAACUUAUCCGUCAACAGUUUGAGCUUGAGGCCGAAUUGCUGGACAUGACUCUCCGCCAGCAGCUGCACACUCUUUACCAUGACAGUGCCAACGUCGCUGCUCUCCUCGUCGCCUGUGGUCUGAUGGGUAUCCAGCAGUUUGCCGGCUCAAACACGCUGAUCUACUACGCACCCACCCUCUUUGCUCUCUGCGGCUUCAAGAACGCCAUCGCCGUCUCUAUCGUUGUCACCGGUGCGAACUUCCUCUUCGGUCUCUUCUCCCUUCGUUAUCUUGAUGCAGUUGGCCGUCGCCGAUUUCUCAUCUACACCAUGUGGGGAAUGCCAAUUGCCCUUGUCGUCGCCGCCGUCGCUAUUCAUUUCAUUCCGAUCAAUUCUGAUUUGACUGUCACAAACGCAGAUAUGACAUGGGCGGGUGUGGUCGUCUUGGUCUGCAUCAUUUUGUUUAUCGCGUUCUAUUCUUCGGCUCUGGGCAACAUCGCAUGGCUUGGAAACGAGCUUUUCCCUAUGGAGGUCCGCUCUCUUGGAACUAUGAUGGUCACUCUUACAUGCUGGGGAAGCAACAUCGUUGUAUCCUCGACUUAUCUUUCGAUGAUGAAAACGCUUACUCCCUCUGGAACAUUUGGUUUCUAUGCCGGUAUCAAUGUCAUCAGCUGGAUCGUUGUGAUUUUGUGUUAUCCUGAGGUCUCGGGCUUGACUCUUGAGGAGAUCAAGGGCGUUUUCCGUCGUGGAUUUGGUCCAAAGAGUGUCACUUAUAGUAUGCAGCUUCAGAAGGAGCGCAACGCUGCCAACAAGGAGCGUCAGCAAACGAUGGAUGCAGCGAAUGAAAAAGCGAAGGAGUUGGAAAGUGAGAGUCAGGCAUGAACGGCAAUUGGGAGCUUGGUGUUUUUUACUAUGAAUAUUAUUUAUGUGCACAAUGUAUUGGCAGUUAUGGCUUAAAACAGUAGAGGAAAUAAAAAUAGUAUAGCAGUGCACAACAAUGCCUUUGUUGCUUCUGUCUUCACGACCAUCCAUACAUAACCCAGCAGACGCUUCAAUAUAUUAGACCUACACGAGUCCACUAAUCUGUUUUGCAUUCAUCAGUGAUCAGCGCUGAAUCAUAUCUUAGUUCACCAUAAUCAGAUGCAGUCAACUCUCGAAGAGGACAAAAUUACGUAACGCCGGUCUAGUAGCUGGUGUGAGCAGACUGCUUGAGGACAAUAGGAUUGUCAAACCGCCACGAAAGGACUCGAGCCACAACGGGCAGCUCUAUAUGAGAAGAGUGACACUGAUGAAAGCCUGUGCAAAGUAUAUUGAGCUUAACAA